AUGCCAUGUGGCUGGCUCAAAGCCUUGAUGCAGUUGGGAUUCGCCGACCUGGUGAAUUUCAUCUCGUGGGGGAGUGCGACCAAUUGGGGCCUUGCCGAGUCACUUGAGGCUGCUGCCAACCGUGCCGAGGGCAUCUCCGCUGCUCCCUAUCCUCGGCCUCAGGCCGUAAUUCUUGCUCAGUCCGUGUUCGAGCUCUACGUGCCUGGAACGCCGGCUGCUGGGCUGGCGCUGUCCUGGACGGUCCGGCGAGAGCUUUUGGUCAGGGUCCAGGAGCGCGAACGCUAUCUCGAUCACUUGGAGCAGCUGCGGCUAAUCCAACUUUGCAAUCUGGACCUCGCCAAUAAGGGUUCCUCCGCCCCACGAGAGGGCCGUGCGGUGGAAGUCGAUGAGCAGAAUGGGUUCCUCGACAUGAGCUGCCAGACGAUGAGAGGACGCUUCCAGAAGCUGCUGAUGGCAAACUCGCUGCAGGGCAUCUCCAAGGACAGCGAGCUGACAAGAAGACGAGGAAGAUGGGUCUCCAGCAAGAUCAUAGAGAUCUACGUUCAGAAGGUGCAGCACUUUUCCGUGGGCCUUCCAACUAGCCUGACGGUGGCGCAGGGCGACUUGGCAUGGCCCGUUCUGUUUGAGCAAACUGCGCGCGACUUUGAGCUGGAGUCCUUGGGUGGCAAAGAGCGGGAGCUGACGAAGCCGCAGACGGCGCUGUUCGACCUCCUGCUGCUGGAGACGUUGGCGAUGGCCAUGGAGCAUGUUGGCGGUUGGGGAUCCGGAAACAAUGCAGCCAAAGAGGAGCAGCAGGACGAAGAAGGUGAUUGGGUUUGGUUCGAUGAAUCCUGGAGGCGCAGAAGGGCGAGCUACUCGGAUGAUGGACCAGGGGCAGGAAAAUUUUUGGUCACAGGGAAUUCGUUUGUAGCCUUCCCUGUGGCAAAUUUUGGUAAGCAGGGCGUGCCCGAUCGUAGUUCUGUAGUGCCAGAUGGUAGUUCUGUAGCCUUCCCUGUGAGGCUGUUGGUGCGUGACCUCCAUGACCAGGAGCUAGCGCUGAAGGUGGUGCCUUGUGACCGUUUGGAUGACAGGGAAGCGGCAAAUGCAGCAGCAGCGACAUUGGCAGAGGCACGUCUUUUGCAACAACUCCGGCACCCAAACAUUGUGGCGUGCCAUGAUGUGCAGUUCGACCCUUCAAGACGAUGUGUGUGGUUAGCUUUAGAAUUUUUGGAUGGUGGUGAUCUCGGAAACGGCAUCAAAGUGCGUCGGCUUCACAACCAGUCACCGUUUGACGGCUAUUUUUUGGAGCGCGUCCUUUCCAUGGUCGGCGGUGCGCUGCAUUAUAUCCACUCCCAAGGAGUGUUGCAUCGAGAUGUGAAGCCACCAAACUUGCUGGUCGAUCGCCACAUGCAAGAAGUCAAAUUGGCUGACUUUGGUGUUUCCAAGAUUCUGGAGGCGUCAGGCUACGCAGGAACAGUGCUGGGCACACCGGCCUACCAUCCUCCAAAGCUGGUCUCCGGAAAACCUUAUGGACCUCCAGCAGAUGCAUGGGCACUGGGAGUUUGUCUAUAUGAGCUGGCAUCACUCCAACGGCCGUUCGAUGCUUCCAAUCAGCUUGCAUUGGUGUGGCAGAUUGUCGAGCAUCAACCGCCGGCUUUGCCUCCUGAAACUCCUGCAGACAUGGUCGAGAUCAUUCGCGGGCUUUUGCAAAAAGAUCCGUUGCAGCGCCUUCGUUUGGAGGAUUUGGGUUUCACAUUGCCGGAGGUGAGUUGUGGCUUUGCAGAAGGCGGCCACGGGAACACGAGUGAUCCUACUGCCACCAAACGAUGCCUGACCAUGAGCGAAUGCUCUGGGGUUGGCGCAGCAGCUCCUGAAGCAGGCUAUGAUAGCUUGAAGGUGAUGAGCGACGAACAAGUACCAACACCUCCUGUCGCUCCUUUGUCUCUUCAUGUGGCAACUGAAGGCAGUGAGCUGGAGGAGGUCAUGCUUGAAGAUACUCCGGUAUCUCCUACCCCUCGUACGCGCACCGAAGGGCUCACAGCCUUUGUCGAGCGGUCGCCUGCCACACCUACCACACCGCGACGGAAUUGGCUGAGCCGUUUGGGCCGUGGACUUCGCUAUGGAGUGUUGGGAGGCCACAGUGGCCGAGAAGAGGCAUAG